AACUUUUUUGUAUUUGAAUGUGCAAUUGUGUUAGUUAAUUAAAACAAUAUCCAAUUCAAAGCUAUUAAGUUUAUUAUGAGUAUAUAAAGUAGCAGUGAAAUUCACUUAGACAAGCCAAGUUUCUCAGGGUCUCUGAAUUAAUUUCACCUUCAACACAACAUGCACAAUCUGAUGCUGAAUUGAGGCAAUGAGAAAUGAGACAAACAUUUUUUACUGUAGGUAGCUGUGCUGAUAACUCUACCCCAUUUUUGUCUUUCUGGUGACCCUAUUCAGUAUAUAUUUUGUUGCACUUUGAAGUGGUUAAUUCAGUAGCUUUGGCUGACUGUGAUGGCUGCUCUGUGAACACACUUUUUCAAAUUAGGCAAUAAAGAAGGUGUUUGAAAUAAAGCGUAACGUCAUACUUGAAGAAAAUAUCUUGUGAUGGCAUGGUCAUCGCCUCCCUUUGUGGAACAGGCUGUACAGGCUGUAUAAGUAACUGUAGAUAUUGUCUUCAGGUCAGGAUUUGUUACAGGAAAACCACACAUGCAAUAUAACUGACCAUGGAAGCAUAAUUGAAAGAGAGCAUCAUAUACUUAAGUUUGAUGGCUGAUGCAAUGCCUACAGCAUUUUGGAGAGAAAACAUGCCUGCUGAACCCACAAAGGCUGUCAAAUAAAUCCAUUCUAAAAUGUCAUGAAGCAUGAAAGGCUGGAUGAAAUAGAGCUCACUAAUGCGGGGUAACAGCAGCUUGUGCACUUAACAAGCUCCCAUGGCUUAUGUAGAGGAAGAAUGUUGUGUCAGAGCUUGCACACGUCCUCUUCAACCCUCUCAGUCACAUGACUGAUCUGUCUAUCACAAACACAUACAUUGGGCCCAUAUUUAAUAUACUGUAACAGAAAUGUGUACUCAUAGAGACUACAUUACUGAUCCAAACAUCGCCAAGAUGCACAUGUACCUUGUCCAACCAAUGCAUUGCAGAUGAAGAGGAAGGAAAGUAGAAGAUACUGUUUAAUUGAUAAAGUUAUUAAUAGUAAACCAUAUGUUAUGAAUUAUGGCUAUUAUGUAAUAUGGUUGUACAUUAAUAAGUACUGCUGAGCUACAGGACACUGUCAGACAGAGGUCCAAUCAGGCCACUGCAGCCUACUGCAUCAAACUGCAUCAGAUUUCCUACUGAAGAACCCUGCCCUAACAAGCAAUGAGGCACUGAUUCACACUGAGAUCAGUGGUUUGUAUUUUAAUGUCCACUGUGUUAUGACUGAUUGGACAUGUUCAUGUAGUUGCAAGUUGUAUUGUUUGAAGGCAGGUGAGUCUGUGCUGCAUAUUGCCAGUGUUUUGCCACUGCUAAGGCCUUUUGCAAACAAAGCGUGUCAUUAUGACAUUUGGUGUUGCUGUAUAGACCUGUGUGUGAACUGUUAAGAGAAUGUGUUGUUUCACUGGACGGCUUCAUCAAAGCGACUAAUAAAAACUGUAACAAAAAUUCUUCUAACAUGGGAUUUACAGUAGGAUCAUUUGGUUUGGUCAAAUACUGCCAAAUACUGUCCAUUACCUAAUAGAGAAUGUUGAGACAUGACUUUCCUGUAUGAUGGUUGCCUCCACUGUGCCAUUAGUAGGUCCCCAAUUGGAUGAGGCUGUAUCAAGGUGCAGUAUGUUGGUGUAGUUCAGGGAAAUUGCAACUGACUUGUCCUGGUUAUGUUAUGUAACUGCAGGUUAAGCAGGAAUUUUGAUUUCAUUUCAUACCAGUGGUCAAGGUAUAAAUAACUGAAGAAACUGGCAUGAUUCUGAUAGAAUGUUAUAUUAAAUCUUUCUGGCUUAGAACUCAAAGACCUGUGUAUAAUCAAAUUUGAAUGCUUUUUCCUCGUGUUAGUACAAAUCGGUACUUGCUUUUUUACAUACACACUCACACUAAAGCCAAGGCUGACAGACCAACUAAAUCUGAAGGCCUGCUCUAUACAAGGCUGAGGUCAGACUGACAGACAAAAGAGGAGAACCCAGACAGUGGAAGUUUCGCAUGAACACCAGCAUCCUCACCAACUUCUACAGGUGCACUCUUGAGAGCCUGCUGACUGUAUCAGGGUGUGAUAUGGGAACUGCUCUGUUCAAAGGAAAACACUACAGAGAGUGGUGUAGACAGCACAGAACACCAUCGGAAACAAUCUUCCCUUUAUCAGGGACACCUAUCACAGACAGUGCCUGUGCAAGGCAAGUGCAUUACUAAGGACCACAGUCACCCAGCACCUGCAUGCUACCAUUCGGAAACAGUUUUGUACAUGGUAAAUACGGAGUUGUUGCAGGGUCAGUGAAUGUGCCACAAAGGUAACUGUUUUCAAUGGUCUUUGAACGCACCACAAGAACAAGGUGCGCUCGAAAGCGAAAAAGGUGGACACGGCGUAGAACGGAAAAUAGUACACGGGGAGAGACUUUAAGGAAGGAAGAGGCAAAUUACGGCGAUGGUAUUUUUUGUUUUGGUUUGUUUAGCUCCGGUCAAAGUGGCAACAAGCUCUUAUGGCAGGUUUGAGGUGACCUCCACAAUAAAGAAAGGCUUCAGACAUCAAGUAAAGCUUGAUUUUUUGACGCUACAAAAGCUUUAACAUUUUUUUUCAGAAUGGUAAAAAAUUUUGGGCCGAGCUGUGGUGAAUGGCCAACUGUCUCUUUAGUUUCUUGGGUGUGAUGCUGCUAUGAAGCUGAAAUAUCCAGAGAAAAGAGAAGGGUCAUUUAGUGAAAGUCCCAUAGAAGGGGGAGAAACUGAACUGUUCGUGGCUGCAUAAUAUGUAGAAUCAAGUGCUACAGUGACCAGAUCUUCAAUGGCAUGCAUACAGUAACACAUCACACUGGUUCUAAAUGUGGCUAAAUGUUAGUUGUUGCAGAAAAUGCUAUUUUUUCCUAGCAGAGUAGCAGGAAGGUGUGGGUAUGAUGAAAAAAUCAUUUCUAAACAUUAUACACUGAGAACAAUGAACUGGUGGAAAUUCCUUGGUAAGGUGCAACAACAGGGUGAGAUUAUGAAUGAUGUGAUCAAGAAGGUAAAGAAGAAGGGAGAAUGGAAGGCAUUAAUUGUGGACCAGCUGAGCAUGAGGAUGUUGUCGUCUUGCUGCAAGAUGACAGACAUCAUGACAGAGGGCAUCACCAUUGUGGAGGACAUCAACAAGCGACGAGAGCCUCUUCCCAGCCUGGAGGCCAUUUACCUGAUUACACCCACAGAGAAGUCUGUCCACACUGUUGUUGCAGACUUUAAAGACCCUCAUUCAGCCAAAUACAAAGCAGCCCAUGUUUUCUUCACUGACUCCUGCCCUGAUCCUCUCUUUAAUGAGCUAGUGAAGAGCCGUGCUUCCAAAGUCAUCAAAACGCUGACAGAGAUCAACAUUGCCUUCUUGCCCUACGAGUCUCAGGUGAGAGAGAGAGACAGAGCAGCAAAAGAUCGAUUUGGACAGGUGUACUCUCUGGACAACCCAGAUGCCUUCCACAGUUUCUACAGCCCACAUAAGACCCAGCUGAAGAACCCAGUGAUGGAGAGGCUGGCUGAGCAACUGGCCACACUCUGUGCCACCCUUAAGGAGUACCCUGCUGUUAGAUACCGAGGGGAGUACAAGGACAAUGCCACCCUAGCCCAGCUGGUUCAGGACAAACUAGAUGCCUACAAGGCUGAUGACCCCACCAUGGGAGAGGGUCCAGAUAAGGCUCGUUCACAACUCAUCAUCUUAGACAGAGCUUUUGACCCUGUCUCUCCUGUGCUGCACGAGCUCACCUUCCAGGCCAUGGGUUACGACCUGCUUCCCAUUGAAAAUGAUGUCUAUAAGUAUGAGACCAGUGGGAUUGGAGACUCCCGUGUGAAGGAAGUGCUGCUGCAUGAAGACGAUGAUCUGUGGGUGAGCCUGAGACAUAAACACAUAGCGGAAGUGUCACAGGAGGUGACACGUCAACUGAAGGAGUUUUCCUCUAGCAAGAGAAUGAAUACUGGUGAGAAGACUACAAUGAGGGAUCUGUCCCAAAUGCUGAAGAAAAUGCCUCAGUACCAAAAGGAGCUGAGCAAGUACUCCACUCACCUGCAAUUAGCCGAGGACUGUAUGAAGCAUUACCAAGGGACAGUGGACAAGUUGUGCCGUGUAGAGCAGGAUCUUGCUAUGGGGACAGAUGCUGAGGGCGAGAAGAUCAAAGACCCUAUGAGAGCUAUUGUGCCCAUCUUGCUAGAUGCCAACGUCAGUACAUAUGACAAAAUCCGUAUCAUCCUGCUUUACAUCUUUCUUAAGAAUGGCAUCACAGAGGAGAACCUGAACAAGCUGAUCCAGCAUGCUCAGAUCCCUCCUGAGGACAGUGAGAUUAUCACCAACAUGGCUCACCUGGGUGUCCCCAUCAUCACAGAUUCCACUCUCCGCCGAGGAAAGAAAGUGGACAGGAAAGAGCGUGUGAGUGAGCAGACCUAUCAGCUGUCCCGCUGGACACCACUGGUCAAAGACAUCAUGGAGGAUGCUAUUGAUGAUAAGCUGGAUACCAAGCAUUACCCCUAUAUCUCCACACGCUCCUCUGCGUCUUUCAGCACCACCGCAGUCAGUGCUCGAUACGGACACUGGCACAAAAAUAAGACACCUGGAGAGUAUCGCACUGGACCACGGGUCAUGGUCUUCAUCAUCGGUGGCGUGUCCUUCAGUGAGAUGCGCUGCGCGUAUGAGGUCACACAGGCCAAUGGGAAGUGGGAAGCCAUCAUUGGUUCCACCCACAUGCUCACCCCCACCAAAUUCUUAUCGGACCUGCAGCACCCGGACUUCCGAGAGUCCACUAGGGUGUCCUUUGAGGACGCAGACCCCUCAGCCGAGUGAGGCAGAGACAGAUUGGGAGGGAGGGAGAGAGAAAUCACACUGAAAAAGAUCUACCAACAUCUUCACCCCCACCAGCCUGCUGGAGCAGCUUAAGGCCAUGAACAAACCAGAUGAAGAAGUGACAAAUUAAUCCUAUCCUUAUCCUUCCCCUAUCCAUCAAUUGCACAAAAAAAAACAGGUGAAUAAAAAUAUAUGUUGUAUCAAAGAAUAAAACUAUUGCAAGUGUUCUCAUGUUUUACAAUGGAUGCAACUUAAUAAACGUAUUUAAAAAAGUUUAAAUAGCAUAACAGAAGGCUAUUUAAAGCUGAAAGUAUCAAGAUGUUACCCUGUAUGCUUUGAAACCUGCUAGAAUUUGUAGAAGGUAGGUGUUGUUCUUUUAGGUUAUCUCCUUGUUGUGAAUUCAUUCAAAGUGGGUGGAGGAGGGACGUGCAGUUUGAGAGGUUAUUGUAAAAUAUGUCAACAUGCAAUAUAUAAAUAUAUAUAAAUUAAUUCCUUUAAGAAAUAGUUAUCCCGGCCCAUUAGAGAUGUUCGUAUUCAGUAGCAUGCUUGGACUCUUGUGGACUGUGAAUGUGUUUGUAUCCAGUGUGGAUGUUCCAACAGACAUUUAGCAUUUAACUUUUUCCUAAGGUGUUUGAAUGCUCUACCAAAAAUCUUUGUUUUGAAUGGGAAAUUUAAACAAAAUAAUAAAAUGAAUAAAACUUUUCAAACCACCCCUAAAGUACUCAUCUGCUCAAGGACUCAUCUGUCAACAAAUUUUAUGGGACAAACAGUGACACUAACUAUACUAUAUAUAUGCAUUUUUUGGUGUUUGACUGACUUUGGACAUUAUUCUGUGGCUGAGACUAUAAAAGACUAAGAACAGGUAUGGUUUCAAAAAUAUCAGUUUUGUGGUAAGACUAUAACUAAACUAAGGUAUCAUGGAUCCAGCUAAUAUUAAUUGCUAUUUUCCCCUCUGGCACGUUGUGUUUAAGACAAAACUCAAAUUUUAGAUUGAGUAAAAGCACUGGCAGUGCUGUACUGGCAAAAAAGUAAACACUCUGUAAAAAGCAAAAUAGCUAACACACAAGAAACAUCCCUCUACUAGUUUUCAGAACUUGCAACAAUAUUUUCAUUGUCCAAAGAACCUUUACGUUUUAAUGUCAAAAGGCCAUUGCUUGCGCUGAUAUUUAUGAGUACUUUUAAAAAGGGCCAGUUGUAUUUCAGUAUUGUAUUUCUGUCAGAUUAAGUCUUAGUCAUUGGUUAGUAACAAUGUUUUUAUGACAUGCACUGAGUAGUGUUGCGUAUAUGCCAUAUGUUAGUGUCUCACUGUCAACUGGUGAUUUUUCUGACUGUGAAAUAGUGAAACCUUCAAAAAACGCCCCUAUGAAGCCACUGUGUUUGUGAUGUUUUAGUUAUAGCUGUUAGUGGACAUCUGGAAAAAAGAAACAAUUAUUUCCUUUUUCUGUCUCUGGUGCAAUGUAAAACUCUUGAAUAGCUUUGCAAAAAUAUUACGAUAUUAAGAUAAAAUAUUAAGACCCUCUCUUUUCAUUUCUAGAGGAUAACUUCCUUUCUUCUUUCCUGGCCAAGCAAGUUGUAUAUUGAACUAUAUGAUGUGUUUUCUGUGAUGCAAAUGUUUGGGUGUUUACCUUUUCUCUUAUAAUUUGCUAUGUAUAGUAUUUACUCUUUCGAAUCAAUUGAAAGAAAAAAUACUGACAUUAUUCUGUCUUUAAACAGUAGAACUUAUUGGGUUGUAUGUUUGCGAGUGUUGAAGCACAAUACUUCCAUGUGUACCCAAUAUGUACUAAGUCUGUCUAAUAAAUUGGCUUCCAUUACA